UGGACUAGGCACCAAGCCAAAAGCUGAAUUCCUACGAGUCCGUGCAGCUCCCACACAUUUACAGCACUAGGACCCAGAGGGAGCUUAAUUUCUGUGAGUCAGUGCAGCUAGCUGAGCCCUGAGAGCAGUGAAUGAGGCUGGAAAGGCAGAGGGAAUGUGAAUGGCUCUUCUGGCUUGGGAAAGUGUCCACGGACUGGGGUGCUGCGGACUACAAAACAGCUUGGACAACUGUGUGGAUUCCCUGUACCCCUGGUGUCCAGUGAUACUGCUCUGAGUGGAACGCAGAAUAAGCAACUCCCAGACUCAGCUACGCAGUCAAACUGGCCCGAUGGCAUGCUGCAGCCAACCCCAGCUCCGCGUCUGGAUGAAAUAAAGACCUUGCUGGGGGAGCAGUUGCUUGUGCAGUAUACUCAGAGGUAAGCACAACGUACACGCUCUCCUCAGGGCAGACUGAAAUCGUCUAAUACCAGUAUCACAAAAUAGCCUGAACAUCUGCACCAGAAGAAGUGUUUAAGUGUCACCUGACCAACAUACAAGUGGGGCAGAGUUGUCAUCCUGAACAAAUCAUUGGUCUGUCUUCUAAAGAAUGAUGAGGGCAUUUAUUACUUAGUUAAGUAAUAAAUAAAUAAAUAAAUAAAUAAAUAGUUUGCAUUUAAUAAACGUUACAUGCAAACAUUAUUAUGCAAACAGAAGUAUGCAAACAAUAGUUUGCAUUUAAUACUCUUAUUUUUGGAAAAGCUUAGCUCUUUGACUUGUUUAACAAGUUGCUUCACUGAUAACCUGCUAGCUAGCUAUUGUCUGGCUAAAAUGGGAGUUUCCACUUAUUCUGUCAUCUUUUAUUCUGUCUCCAGGCAUCGUAUCUUUUGUGGGGAAUGUUUACUUAUAAUGAGAGAUGGUCCACUUAGAAGACAGAGUUCUCAUUAAACACCCUCUGUUUUAGUAGAGUUUUUGUAUUUUUGGCGUUGAAAUGCCUGUGAUAACCUUUGUGGCCAAUGUUACAGACACCCAUGUACUACCAGCACUAGAAUUGGCAGCUGUGCAUCUCCCUGGAAGUUCAACUGGCUGCACUUGGCAUGCACUGUGAAUGCUUCUAGAAAGCGCCAUGAAAGGACCUAGUAAUUAUGUGACAAAGUUUAGAAAUAACCCCCAAAAUACCCUAUAAAAUAUCUAUGCAUGUCAGCAAAAAAGUCCACAAUCCUCACAGUCUAAGGCAUACCUAUUCUUUAAAUGUUAACUUCUUUUGCUUGUGUUGUCAUCAAGCCUAGUCCACUUUCUUAACCUGUUUCUAUUCUCCACUCAUUUAAUAAUUGAUUAAAAGAUUCAAUUUUGACUCUUCAGGAAAACUACCAGGUAUUCCAAAUACAUUUUGUCUGUGUUUGGGCCACACUCCCCAGAGAAUGCUUUACCACAAGGAGAGGAAAUACAAGGCAAGUAUUUAAAAAAAAAAAAAAAAAAGCACACAGGUGAGAUCUUUCUGAUUUUGUGUUAGUGGCCUUCAAGCAAUAAUCUUAGCAUAUGCAGCAUAAGAAACUCAGAGAAGGGAGAUAAAUGUAGCUGCAUUUUCCAGCAGUGAAUCUUGUAUAGCACAAAACCAGAAAAAGCUCUUUGCUGACAUUGCAAUGUCUCUUUCCUAUAGAAGGAAAUAAUAAAAAAAGGGUUGAUGUAUAAACACAAUAGGUUGAGGCUGCUAUUGGCAUGUCUAAAUUGUGCCUGGAUUUUGUUCUGCAAACCUUUUCCAUUAACAUUUCUGUUAGGAAAGCUAACUCUUUAGAGACGUAAUGAACCAUCUGAUUUUAAUUUGGUUGUAGAACAAGGGGUUACACAGAAUUGUGCAUAGCCAAGCUAUUGAGCUACACCCAGCUCUGCUUCCUUAUACAGAUGAUGGUGACUGCUCAAGCACGAGCAGCAUGUGGGAAAGCAGCAACCCUCAGCCUUGUUUUCAGCAGAUUAAAGUAGCUUUAGAACAGUAAGGAUUUUCUCUGUGAGAGAGAUUUAACUGUCCUCAUCAUCAUUUUGUACACCCCUCUUCCAGUCCAACUGUUGCACAGACAACUGCUAACGUGGCUUUUGGCCUUUCUCUUCUCCCCUUGAUGCAGGAUUGCAGCAUCUUCACCCUCUUCAAUCACUACCUUCACUUGGCAUAUCCUGCUGAUUUCUUAAAUGCUUCCCCAGCCCUGCACAAACACUGCUGUUUAUUUCAUUUCAGCUCUUGUCUGAGAUAAGACUAGCCACACAAGAUCCUAUGUGACAUGUCAGGGUUCUGCAUUUUCUACAAGAUUGUGCUCUAGCAAAGCUAAAGCACUCAACGAGGGCUUUAGUGCUGCUGGGGAUUCUACUCUGAGAAAGCUGAACAGAGAGGGGGAACUUCAGCAGUAAUUGACCCACACCCAGAAAAAAACACGAAGACAUGCUGGGAAAUCACAGUGGAACUGCAGAGCCUGAUUCCUCUUUUACAAAGCCCUGUUUGUCCAGUCUAUGUGCGGCUGCCUGCCCGCUGGCUGGACACAGUGUAAUUCGGGGCCAGCUGAGACAUGUCAGGCAAAACAAGGCAAAGAGACAGGGGAGGAGCCUUGCUUGGUAGUUUUUUUCUGUUUAUACCCUGUCUCUGCUUAUUAAGUCUUCAGAGAGGAAAUACAAUGUCUGCCCCUAACUGCAAUUUCAGAUCAUUUCUGAACGUCUCUUAUUUCCAGGAUGCCUGCUGCUGCUUUGUUAACCCAACAUGUGGCUGAGUUAGUCAACAUGUGGUAGUUACCUAACAAGGUAUUACUGCUGCUGGUCUUCUGGCAUAAAAUUGUUCUUAGUAAAGUUUUAGACAUUCUCCACACCCAAACAGAUGUGCAUAUUGUCCAGAUCGAAGGCAGACUGGCACUGGCACUGGAUCUGCUAUGCAGUGUCAAUUGUGGAGCUUCUUGCUCAUGGCACACUGAAAAAAAGGAAGGCGUGUCCCUGUACAUAAUUCCCAGUACUAUGGCCACAACAGUUGUAUCCCUGCUACACCUAAGAUGCCAACCCCAAAGUAGCCCACCACCCACAGAGCUCCUAUGUAAUACCCAUGUUUGUUCUAACAGGAAGCUUGAACAUGGAAAAAUCCCAUCUGUCCUUGUGACAUGUGAUGCCCGAGCUCUUCUGGGAAGGAGCCUGGGGUUUAUCUGCCCCAAAUCAGAAAUGAGGUGUGUCCCAAAAGGGCAGAUGGGAUAGAUGGAGGCUGCUGGAGGCUGCUGAGACAGCCAGAGUGGUGGGGCCUGUCCACAUGGCAGGUAAGCGCGGGUGUUGAGUGUGUGAUAACAGCACAAUUCAGUGGGGCUCCCCCCCUUCCACAAAUACCAGCUUGGUGGUCCCCAUCCCAGCCCCAAAGACACCUCUGCAGACAUAUUAACUGAAUGGACAGCUAUUUUAGCCAAGCGACUGCUUCUGCUCUCACUACUCUGCAGGGUAUAUGCAGCCAAGAGACCGGCCCUGGCCAAAAAGAUUGCUGCAAAAAUCACUAGAGAUUUUACUCCUGGGAACAUGCUGUCGCCAUAUGUUCUCCACAUUAAUAACACCAAACAAGUGCUUCAUAAACAGUGCUCUAAUAACAAAUACCAGAGGAAUUAAUAAUAAUCUAGCUAUUAUUUUCUAAUGUUCUCGCUUUAUUAAGAACAUUUAUGCUGUCUGAAUGGACUCUUCCGGAAGAAUAGCAUCUGGCACCCACAUGAAUACCAGAUGAAAUCUGUAUGAUCCUGGGUAUCUUAUAAAUUUAUUGUCAGCAACAGCAUCCAUUUGUGCCAGCACGGCUUACAGUAACAUUACAUUUUUCUUUUGUUCUAGGUGCAUAGCGUAAUGUCCAUGCUGUACUACACUCUGAUUAUAGCUUUUUUGAUCGGCACACAGGCAGCUCCAAAGUCAGAGGACAAUGCUCCACUGGAGUAUCCUGCAGAACACUCCCUGCUCAAUACCCACCGGAGUAACAGACACCACAUUCCCAAGGCAGCUCCACAGACAUCCCACAGCCACUCUACUUGGACAAUAGGUAGAAGAGAAGCUAUAAAUAUCACCAUGGACCCAAAACUUUUUAAGAAGAGGCGUCUCCGGUCUCCUCGGGUGCUGUUCAGCACACAGCCCCCCCCAGUGUCAGGGCAAGGACAGAACAUGGGAUUUCUCAGCAGCGCAGGUUCUCUCAACAGGACUGCCAGGACGAAGAGGACCACGCAUCCCGUAUUACACCGGGGAGAGUUCUCAGUGUGUGACAGCGUCAGCAUGUGGGUUGGGGACAAAACCACAGCCACUGACAUUAAAGGCAAAGAGGUGACAGUGUUGGGAGAAGUCAACAUUAACAACAACAUUUUUAAGCAGUACUUUUUUGAGACCAAGUGCAGGGACCCUAAGCCAGUCUCCAGUGGGUGCCGAGGGAUCGACGCAAAGCACUGGAACUCUUACUGCACCACAACACACACCUUUGUCAAAGCACUGACAAUGGAGGGCAAGCAAGCAGCCUGGCGAUUUAUUCGAAUUGACACAGCCUGUGUGUGUGUGCUCAGCAGGAAGUCAGGGAGACCCUGAGAUGGAUCUAAAUCCCAUGGCAACAUCCUCCUACCCCCCUACCUCAGUCUGUAAAUUAUUUUAAGUUAUAAAGGACUGCAUGGUAUAUUUAUAGUUUAUACAGUACAGAAAGAACCUCAUUAUUUAUUAAACUCUUUUGGAAACCUUU